AUAUCGCUUAUCGAAAACCAUAAAUAAUUAAUUAUUAAUUAAAGAGUGUAGAGUAUGUCUUAAGUAAACAAAGUGUGAAUAUUUUACAAUAAAACAUCCUGUGUUUAUUUACUUUGUGGUUAUUAACUUAACGCUCCUUGUUCCCAGCGCUAAAAUUUCCAUAUACAUUCAAUACAGUAUAAACUUAUGUACGUACAUAUGUACUACGUACAUACGCAGCAAUGGCAGACAAAUACUCUUCAGAUCUAAUGCGAAUGGUUAUUGCUCAAAUAACCCAAACUAUUGGAUAUAGCAGCACACUGAGUGCACCACUAGAACUGCUGCAGGACAUUUUGCUAAAAUUUAUGCAAGAAUUCGGACGCGACUUGCAUGGGCAGAUGGAGCACGCAAAUCGGCUUGAACCAAACCUUCAGGAUGCACGCCUGACAUUAAAAAGUCUUAGCAUUAAUGUUCAUGAACUUUUGGACUAUAUUGGAAAUGUCGAGCCGGUUCAAUUUAAUCGCGAUGUUGCUGUGUUUCCUAUUAAAAGAGCUUCGAAUAUGAAUUUUCUAAAGCCUGGAAGUGCAGAGACCCUGACCCGUCCAAUCUAUAUAUUUGAGUACUUGCCACCAAUGCAACCAAACGCUGAACCAAGUGAACCAACGUCUACCGCGAUGAACACUAUUCAGGACUCUGAGUCUGAAAAGACGCUAACACCGCAACAAGGAAGUGUCUCGAAAGUAGAUUUGGAUCCGCUAGGUAUGGUAGAAAAUCGGACAUCAAUACCAAUUGAUACUCAGUCGCAGUCCACGCCACUUAAUUUUCCUUCGAGCAAAAACUGUGACCCCGAUAAUGGACGGACAGUACGCGAAAUGAGUAGUGUGGUAAUGACAACAGGGGGCUUCAUUUCUCCAGCUAUCGAAGGAAAACUCCCAGAUGCUUUUGUACCUGAUAUAAUUGAAAAAUAUAAAGGGCUGCAUGCACCGCCAAUACCCUCGCCAGUAAUCGCUCCGCUGGAGACCGCCGCAACUAAGCCGGAUACAUCAGUCAUUGGAGAAAUUCGAUACUUAAAUUCAACCGCAUCGAAAUUAAAUGAAAGAGACCAUCAACAUAUCGAGAAUCGAAACCCACCGAUAGCUAAGAAUAGUAAGAAAGAGGGCAAAUUUGUAACUCCUCAAGAGAACGCGAACCCGUCGGUAGCAGUGAUGUUGAACGCCAAAGACUCUAAGAAAAGCAAGAAACAAAAAUAUUUUUUAUCAAACCUGUCCGGCAUAGAAAGGAGUAAGGCCGAAAUGAAUGUCCAUGGUGGUAAGGCUCAAGACAAAGCGCAGCGGAAAGCAAUGAAAAUGUUUCAGAAAUUAGCAAGGAGCCAAAAUGAGGGCGGGAGCAGUCAAGUUCUACACCUGAAAAAGUCAAAGAAGCGUCUUAAUCGGGGAACAUUUUCAGACGGAUCGUCGGAAAGGAUACAAAUGGAAAAAAUAUUAAAGAAACAAGCUAAACACAAACAAAAACGGUUUCAGGGACAGGGCCUGCAGUCUGCGGUUGAGAGAAAGCCGCUAGAUAUUGCCCUAGCCACCAGUGAUCCUGCUCAUGUUGGAGUGGCUUCAAAAAGUGUAGCGAAAAGUCACGAAGAAACUGAUCUCAAAAGUAAUGCCGAUAGACGCACAACUGUUGUUGUUGGCGCACAUAUGCAGAAUCAGGCCGAAUUUCCAUUAGUAAGCACAGCGUCGGAGCCAACUGGACCACAGGGACCGCAAACAGGAGUAUCAGCAACAAAGAAGAAUAUCAUCGAGCCAGAACGAAACAAAUUGGAUAUUUUUAAAAAAAUUUCAAAGCCAAAAACGUUAAGGCUUGAGGGCCCAGCGCUAUCGGGCACUCUAUCUGUUGCUGGAAGCCCAUUUGAAAGCACAGCUGGCAACCCACCACUGAUUAAUUUACCAUCCGGAACGACCAUAACACCAGCGCCGGCACUGGGACUCAGUAUGGAACACAUAAAUGUUACCAGCAGCAUUUCAUCAGUUUGUCAUCAAACGCUACCCAGCUACGGUGUAAUGCCAACUCCAGAAGCAGCAUCACCUCAGGCAAAUGUUGACCUAAUGAUCAUAGAUUCGUCAAAGCCAAAGAAACGAGGACGAAAACCAGGUGGCAAGAAUCAAACCAAGCUCAUUGACACUGUGGCGCUGCUGGAGUCGCAGACGCAGCCGCAGCCGCUACCUCCAAUUCAAUCGACGAAAAAGGGCAAGCAAACCCACUUAAAUGCACUAUCAGUUUUGCCCUCAUCUGCAUUGCUGAUGAAUUCCAGUUUGAUCCCUGAACCUAUUCCUAUACCAACGGAGCCCCUUAACUUGAGUAGUGUACCUCAUUGCAAGGGGAAAGAGAAGAAGGAACGAAAAAAAUACAAGUCAAGAUAUGACGCUUUCCUACCCGAAAAUGAGAAGGAAAAGGAAAUAGGUUACAGCGGUAACUCCAUCGAGAAUACCUCCCCGACGAGACCUAUUGUACAUGUUACCAAAACCAGUUCUAUUGUUGCUAGUGCUAGCCAAUAUAUGGCGGUUGGGGGGGGUAUGCCACAUUCGUCUUUAUAUCCCAGCAAUCAAACGGGAAUCGUGCCUUUGUUACCACUCUUACAUUUUCCGCCACGACCAGGUCUGAUACCUUCUGGGCCAGGUCUGAUACCGUCUGGGACAGGACUAUUUCCGGCGGCGGCAGGUCUGGUGGGGUUUGGAAGUAGCGGGUCCAUGCCGUCAUUCAUGUCUUUCCCAGGAACAAGUGGAUACGCUACUGAUUCAGUUUGUCGUCCAAGCGCUGUUGAUACUAGUGAAACAGAUACAAUCGGACAGUUUCUGAGGGGGCCCUCCGCCCAAACUGAUGCAAUGACGGAGCGAACCUAUUGCAAUGUUGCUCCCCUGGUACCAGAGUCCAUGAAGUUUAGUGUAGCAGGAGGAGGUGGAGCAGUAGCUGGAGCUACCACUGGUCCCACUGGUACAGAAGCUGUUUCAAAACCAAAGGCGAAAUCAUCUGCACAGGCUACCGGCAAUCUCGGUGAUCCGAUUGAGGUGUCAGAUGACUCCGAUGAAUCAACACAAAAUAAGAAACAAAUAAUCCCGACGAACCUUGGCAGGUCGAACACGUUACAAUCGCAACUUCUACCACAUGCAACAACACCAGCUACUUCUAUAGAUGAUUCUCAACAUCAUUCAAAGGACAUACAUCAUCCCUCAAUUUCGCCAAACUCGUGUGAUUCUAUCAAGAAGUUUAAGAAACAAUCAAAGCUUGGCCAUCAGGAUGUUAAAAUGUUAGCUUCUACAGCCACACCUUCCUGCAACACACCCUGUUUCCCAGAAUUUAAUAUGCCCAGUUUCAAAGGAGGUGACAAGUUUAGCUUGGCUGGCGGCGCGGAUCUCAUCCCAUUGUCACGGUUGGAAUGCGGAUUGGCGUAUUCUUCUCAAACGGUUCCCGUCACAAGUUUGUCAGCUGGCGCAACAUCGGCUUCCGGCCUGGUUCCCGCACAUAUGAAUGUGUCCGAGGAUCAGCAGUUUAUGCCUAGCUUUUCGAGCUACGAGGAUAUUACCAUCACGCCAACAAGCAGAUUGUCCAAGGGGCAAUUAACAGAUGAACAAAAAAUGCGUAAGCUCCAUAAAAAGCUAAAAAAACCCAAGGAGGGAAAAGUAAAAAAAAAGAAAGAGAAGAAGGAUAAAGUGAAGGAAAAGGAAAGAAAUGGCAGUACUAUUCAUAAAAGCGAAAAGAAAACCAAAGGGCCCGACAAGAAAAUGAAGAAGGAAAAGAAGAAGGAAAAGCAGAUAAUAGCCCUUGUCCCGGCAGAUGCAGAGGACUUUCAAAACAUUCAUCAUCUGCCAAAGUCGAACGAACUCAGCUCUAGUUGCGAAGUCUUUUCUGGGCCAUCUGUAAUGCCAUCCAUUCCUAUCCAACCAUCACCAAAACAGUCGCCAAAAGCACCCCACGACACAUCACCCAUAUUGGAGUUUUCCACAAAUCCUGUCCCAAAACUUACUCUAAAACUAGGUGGUAGAUCCACACCGAUACCGUGUGCCGACAAGGAUAUAGACGCACAAGACGCUGGAAUCGUACAACUUUUAACUAUGGGGGGCCAUCAAAAAAAAAGGGAACGCGAACGAGAUGAUUCUCCAGAACUAGCUCGCUUUUCCCCCUUGGUUACUGGACCACCCAAGGCCAAGCCAUGUGAAACUUCAUUUUCAAGCAUAUCCAGUAAUGCGGUAGUGCCUUUAAGCGACUCUAACACGACCAGCAGCCCGGUAAAGCCUUUAACCUUAUCCUUGGCUCCCAUGCCGGCACAGAUGCUGGCAAGACAUCCUGCUGCUGCUAAUUCAGGCGGCUGGAUUUCUAAUACAAGUAAUAGUGCUGUAGCUUCGUCCACGCUUUCUGCCAGCUCUGUUUUGUUACCACAACAAUUGAUGUUGGCAUCCAAGCCCCUUAUGAAUAACUUUACUUCGGUAAUGGGAAUCAGCGCAGAGACGCAAUCGGGAACAGGGCUGUUUCCUGUUUCCCCCAACAAUUUCUCAGACUGUCCUCCAAAAAUUGUGGAAUUAAAACGCCCUUCAUCUUAUGUUGACGCCGAAGGUAAUCGAAUCUGGAUUUGCCCGGCAUGCGGAAAGGUUGAUGACGGCUCCGCAAUGAUUGGAUGUGAUGGCUGCGACGCUUGGUACCACUGGACCUGUGUUGGGAUAACUGUUGCUCCGAAGGACAAUGACGAUUGGUUCUGCCGAGUUUGCAUUACUAAAAAAAAAGUACAUGGCUCAGAGAAGAAAAGGAAGCGAAACAAGAAAAAGUAACUAGAACUUAGUUAGCCUUCGAUUUUUAAAACACCCCAUUAAAUCAAAAG